AUGGACCAGCCGUUUGAUCCAACGACAUUGAAAGUUAAUGAUUUGCGUGAUGAACUAAAGAGACGCAGAAUUAAUCCCAUAGGAACGAAAGCUGUGCUUUUGCAGCGUCUUUCUAAGGUGCUGGCUGAUGAAGGAAAAACACUCCAGGACUUCGCAAAAUCACUUGUUGAAGGCAGUAAACCCAUUCAGGAAUCGGUUAAAGCAGUUGAGGCCGAUAGUGUCGCAACCCCCGAGGGGAAUUUUGUUGCUGGUGCCACUGGUGAUUCAUCCGUGAAUGUCAAUGAAAUAUCCAAGUCUCAAAGUCCCACCCCACAACAUCCUGCGUCAAAAGAGGAAGAUUGUCAGCCUGAGGGAAGUCCUCUUAAGCAAUUAGAAUCAUCUAGCGAAUCUCCUAUACCACAUGCUGGAGAGCAGGGUACCUCAGAUGACCAACAUCCUCCCGAAGAAAAGGCCAUUUCGGGGAGCCAACAGGAUGUAAAAGAACAAGAUUCUUUGUGUGAGGGGGGACUUUUGGAGGGCCGAGAUUCUUCUGAGUUGCGGGACUGUUCUAGCGAAAGGGAUCACUCCUCGGAUCGAGAUCCAUCCAGAGAACGGGAUUUUUCGAAAGACAGAAGUAGGCACAGAUCUCGGGAGCGCAAUCAUUCCCGUGAACGAGAUCGAUCGAGGGGCUAUGAUCAUUCCCUGGAUCGGGAUAGGCGCAGGACACCUCCUCGUCGGGUAUGUGAACCGAGCAUCGAAGUAGAAGAUGAAGUCAAUGAUUGGGAGAAGAAAGAAGAUGUACUUCUGGACAUGUACAAUUCUGACAUCAGCUUGAUUAUUGCUCGAGAUGGAUUUUCUGCAAAGCCCCUAACGGAAGAGGGUUUUUCUCUCAUGUGGGCUGGAGCGCGAACUAAUUAUGGCGUAAAAGAUGGGAAGUGUUUUUUUGAAGUGAAGGUUGGCAAGGAACUAUCUGUCGACAGUGCGGAGUCACUAGUUGGUGGUGCCACACACGUGCUCCGUGUUGGCUGGUCAACAGAUAAGUCAGGGCUUGCCCUCGGGGAGGAGGUAAACACCUAUGGAUAUGGUGGAAUGGCCAAGAAAUCUACCGGUGGCAAGUUUGAAGAAUACGGUUGCGAGUUCAGAGAAGGAGAUGUUGUUGGUGCAUUUCUCGAGAUAACUGAUUCUGAAGCAGUCAUGAGUUUCAGUGUCAAUGGUGCGAAUCAAGGGGAAUGUUAUCGAGUUCUAAAAUCGUCUUUGGGUGGUGAUUUCGCCCUAUUUCCUCACGUUUAUGUCAAAAAUGUUGAUUUUAUGGUCAAUUUUGGUCAAGAAAAUCAGGAUGCUUGGUUUCCUCCAUCGGACGAUCCCGAUUCCUGGAAAUUGGUAAACCAGGUUCCUUUAGAAGGUCGUGUUCGCGCCGGACUGCCACCACCGUCGAGAGCUGAGUGCGAAGCAAUUAUGAUGGUUGGAUUACCCGGCGCAGGGAAGACCGUCUAUGCCAACAGCUUAUGCAAAUUGAAACCUGAAAAGCAAUACAAUAUUCUUGGAACAAACCUAAUACUUGAUAAAAUGAAGGUUACAGGACUGACAAGGAAGCGAAACUACCACGGCCGAUGGGACGUUCUUAUUGAUAAGGCGAACCAGUGUCUUAAUAAACUUAUAUCAAUCGCUUGCAAACGUAGACGGAAUUACAUACUCGACCAGCGGCGUAAAAUGCGCCCUUUCGAGGGUUUUCAACGCAGGGCCAUUGUUAUCGUACCCACGGAUGAAGAAUUCAAGCGCAGGAUUGAUCAGCGUGCAAAGGAGGAGGGAAAAGAAGUCCCAGAGAAAGCUGUGCUGGAAAUGAAAGCAAACUUUGAAAUUCCCAAGUCGGUUGUGGAAGACUCUUCAAGCGUGUUCGACGAAGUGAUUUUUACUGAACUACAACGCGACGAAGCCGAAAAGCUGGUGAAACAGUACAACGCUGAGGGUAAGGCUGGUCGCCAGGCUGAAAAACGGCAUCGUACGGAUUCAUCCAGCCAUCGGGACUACUCGAGUAGCCGUCAUGGUGAUCACCGUGAGUAUCAUCACCGAGAUCACCGUUCACGAUUCGAUAGCUACAGCCGGUCUUCGGGUCGUGGUGACUAUGAUCGUCGAGAUUCUCGCGGAAGUGGUCGAUUUGAUUACCGCACCGAUCGUGGCACUGGUGGAGACCGGGGUCGGUUUGGGCCUCGCUAUCGCGACGAAGGACGUGAAUUUGGAAAUCGGGAAGGCGGUCGCUAUGGUGGUGGCGGUCGUUUCGAUAAUGAUAGCGACUACCGUAGUAGAGGACGCGGUUCCUAUGGCGGUGGAGCUGGCGGCGGUGGGGCCUUUCAGCGAAGUCCUCGUGGCAGGGGUGGAGGUUUUGGUGGUGCACCCUUCCCCCUUGAUCGACCUUCUUACUCAGGGUCUCAAUAUGAUCACUUUGGCUCUGAUAGGCCUCCUCACUUUAAUCGUGGUGGAUAUCGCGGAGAAGGAGGAAAUGACGACGGAGGUAACGAUGGAUACCAAAGAGGCAACAGCGGCGGUCGUGGUGGUGGCUAUGGGAACUACGGCGGUACAGGGUACAGUUACUACGCAACUGGUGAAAGAAGACGAUACGAACAAGUUGGGGAUUCGUCUGGUGGACCACCGCCUGCUAAACAAGCUGCUAUUGGGGAGGGACAGUAUCACGGAGGCUUCCAAGGAGAUGGUGUUAAUUACAGAGGUGGGUUCCGUGGAGGUCGCGGUGGCGGUGGUGACAGAGGUACCUCGUUUGGUGGUCCACGUGGUGGCAGCUAUCCCCAGGUUUCUCAGGGACCUGCUUCUAGGCAGCCCAUUUCAACCUAUUCUGGUUCUUACUAUGGCGCUUACGGUCAGCAGCAGCCCCAGCAGCAAGGGCUGCCUAAAGGUAACGCCGGCACCCCCAGCAAUUAUCCAGGCAGUGGCUUUGGUCGCGGAGACGAGUAUCAAAAGUCUCAACAGCGUGGAAGCAGUGCUUUUGGUGGGAAUGGGCGUCCAUCCAGAUUUAGUUCAGCGGCUCCCGAUGAUAUUCCGCAGCGAGAUUCUACUUCCUCUCAAGCUGUUGCUUCGAGGUAUAGGUCAAACUACGCCGCAUCCCAGGGUUAUGAUGGCGGAAAGGAUAGCCACAGCCAGCAAUCCCGUUCGCGCUAUGACCAGGGCUGUUCGCUAGCUCAGCAAGAUCAAGGCGCCUACGGAGGUGGUGGUAGUGGUUACAACCAACAAAGUGGAGGAAGGCAGCCACCAUCGACCACAGGACCUGCUCAAGAUUAUGGUUAUGGCUACAACCGGCAUCAACCAGGCGGCAUGCAGUCGUCUCCCCAGAAGGUACAGCAGGGUUAUGGUAGUGAUUUUACAAAUCAAGGAGCCAACCGACAACAGCAAAAGCCUUCCCAGCAAGGAGGCUACGGCGGUGGUUAUGGCGGCGGUAGUGGUAACUACGGACGUCAGCGACCGCAAACAGGCGAUCCCUCGGAGAGGUACUACAAAGGCUAUGAUGAUGAUAAACCCGGCCGCGGAUUCGACAAGCCAGGCCAGCAGCAGGGUUAUGAUAAUGAUGCCUACGGUCAAAGAGUCGGAGAUUCAACAAACCUCAGUGCCCAGAAAUUUCAGCUUGGCUACGGCAACGAUUUUCAAAGUGGAAAAACACAAUCGAAACACAGCCAGGAAUCUCAAGGAGGAUAUUACCAGGGAUUUGGUGGCGGACAAGGCAGUGGUUCGAAUAAACCGGGUCAACAGCAGGACUAUGGUGAUGUUUAUAGCCAACAAGGCAGCAACUCAUCCAGUCAGGGUCAGCAGAGUUUUGACUCUGGUGGUUACAAUCAACGAUCCGGAGGGCAUUUAAAAGCCGGGCAACCAUCACAGAGAUACGGUAGUGAAAGCGGUAGCGGUGGUGCGGGAAGCUACGGUCAACAGGGCUCUGUUUCCUCCAAAUCUGACCCUCGGAGCUACGAGUAUUCGGCUGGUGUUAACUACGCGUCCUACGGCUACGGUAACGUUUUCAGCUCGGGUGGGAACGCUGCAGCGACCGCAUCAAAUACGCCUGUGUCAGUAGGAGCAGCGGCGGCGGUAGCAGCGACUGCGCCUUCGCUUUACGCCUCGGCGCUGAAUGCGGCCUCAAAGUCCUCUGGUGAGACUGCGCGGACAGCUACGCAGGGCUACGCAUCCGCUGCCCCGGCACAGCUGCCGCAGGCGUCCUCAUACGGUUACGGUUCAGGUGGCUACUACGGCGGAGCUCCUUCAGCUAGUGGUAGCUGGCCCUUCGGCGCCAAUUCGUCUGUCGGAGGUAGCGGGUCGCAAGCGCAACAAGGUCCGAUUGGUGGUAGCGGCGCCUCCUACAGCUAUAACCAGCGUCAGUAUGACACAUUCGCUGGCUGGUGUGCAUUCAAAACAUCCGCUGCACGGUGGGGCUUUGCCUGCGACCAAUCAACACAUUUAAGGGAAGAUGGGUGCUAG